GCUCUGUCGAGGUCGUGAUCGCAAUCCGCGUUAGACUUGCCGUGUGCCUGUAUUGGAGGGGGGUGGGUGUGACCAGGUUGAGGAGGGGGAGGGGAGGAAUCGCCUUGAGGGACUGGGGGUGUCUUGGUGAGGACGGCGAUCACCGACAUGACGACUGAGGAGAAGAUUACACAGUUGCUGCUGGCGGCGAGAGAUGAGCUCGCGCGGGAGCGGGACGAGGAGGGUCUGCGGCUUGCCACGCAGGCCCAGCAAUUGGCGCAGGCCCAUCCGCAGCUCAGCGAUUUGCUGCGGUUCCAGGUUCUGCUCAUCUUUGGCGAGGCAGCGCUGGCUAUUGGCGAUAUUGACACGGCGGAGAAAAGCCUGACGCAGGCUCACUGGAAUGCUCUCAAGACCCAAGGCACCGUGGGGGCCGAUCACCGUGCCCAGCUUCAUCGCAGCUUGGCCGCCGUGUAUCUGGCCCGAGGACUCACGGCCGAGGCCCUGACCCACAUGGCCGAAGACAUUUACCAUGCUUCCCUGGCAUCGGGCAACGAUAGCAUUGCAGUCGCCUUGGCCUACUUUCCCAUGGCCUCUCUCUUCAUCGAUCGUCUCCAGGAUUAUUCGCGAGGCUUGACGUAUGCACGGCAAUCUGUUGCCGUGUGGUUUGCUCACCUUCAAAGCCAUUUCGAGCCUGAAAAAGUCGCUUGGCAGGACCUCGAGCCGUACGAGCGCACUGCGGGGCGUCGCAUCCUUUUUCAACUCAGACAAAUGCUUAGUGACGGCGAAGCUCCGGAAUACGACAUUACUUUUGCCGUGGCUGCCGAUUUGUGCCAAGCUGCCUUGGCUCUGCAGUUCAAUGACCUUGGCCUGGCCCAGGAACACCUCAAGCUGGCCGAGGUUCAGCUGGCAUCUGCCCACGCUGCUUCACCGCUUGACCUGCCUGUCUCACAGCUUCAAGAGAUGCGCGAUCUGCUCGCGGGUAUCAUUCAGACCCAACAGGCCUGAGGCCUCUGCAGUCUUCUUACUGCUCCAACCUCUUUUCUUU